AAUCCAGGGCUUUAGUGACAGUUCGGAUGAAGGUGAGUCUGGUUACCUGAGUGCCCGCAGCCCCGUGUUGUUAACACACACACACACUCACACACUCACAUCCGCCCUGCAGCCCAGAAGGACAAAAACACACACACACCAAGUCCUACAAGCCCGGUGAGAUGAGGGCUGGUCCGGUGCUGGGGCUGCUGCUCUGGGCGUGUUUGGUGUUUCUGGUGGGCAUCUACGUGUUCGUGUGCGGGUUCCUGCUGGUGCGGCUGGAGGUGAACCGGACCAGCUCCUGCGGGGACGAGCUCCCCCCCGGCCGGGGCUCGGACUUCUGCCGCGCCCCGCCGCGCUUCCGCCGGGCCGUGCUGCUCAUCGUGGACGCCCUCAGGUUCGACUUCGCCCGCUUCGACCCGGACAAGGCUGGGCCCCGGCCCUGCGAGAACAAGCUGCCCGUGCUGCAGCAGACGGCGGCCGCCCGGCCCGCACACACCCGCCUGUACCCGUUCCGGGCGGACCCGCCCACCACCACCAUGCAGAGGAUCAAGGGCUUCACCACCGGAUCCCUGCCCACCUUCGUGGACGUGGGGAACAACUUUGCAUCCAGUGCCAUCUUGGAGGACAAUCUCAUCCACCAGCUGGGGCAGAAAGGUAAACGGGUGGUGUUCAUGGGCGACGACACUUGGGAGAGUCUUUUUCCCAAGAAGUUUUACCGCUCUCUCCCCUUCCCUUCUUUCAAUGUGAAGGAUCUGCACACGGUAGAUAACGGGAUCUUGCAGCAUCUCUACACAACUAUGGUGGGUGACGAGUGGGACGUCCUGGUUGCUCAUUUUCUCGGGGUGGAUCACUGCGGUCACAGGUUUGGCCCUGACCACCCGGCCAUGGCUGACAAGCUCACCCAGAUGGACGGAGUCAUCAGGUCUGUGAUGGACCGUCUACAGAACGACACUCUUCUGGUGGUGAUGGGAGACCAUGGGAUGACAGACAGCGGAGAUCAUGGUGGAGAAAGUGAGAAGGAGACCGAUGCCGCCCUUUUCCUUUACAGUCCUUCCUCUAUCUUUCCUGGACCUCCAUCUGAGAGCGAACCAGAAGUGGUUCCCCAGACAGACCUGGUGCCCAGUCUGGCUCUGCUGCUGGGAAUACCAAUCCCGUACAGCAGCGUGGGCCAAGUCCUGCUGCCGUUGUUCCCUCCGCAGGAGCAGACAGAAGGUGCAGUGGGAGGAAUCGGCCAGCUGGAGGCGCUGUGGAUCAAUGCCAAACAGGUUAACCGUUUCCUGGAGACUUAUUCCAGCAUGGCCAACGACAUCCCAGCAGAAAGCCUUUCCCAGCUGAAGGAAGAGUUUGCUCGCCUCUCGUCUGAGUACCUGGCCGCGGCCAGAGAGGGCCGGCCGCCGUCCCCCCAGCUGGCCUCUCUGCUGCAGGCCUACCUCACCUCCGUCAGGGACACCUGCCGGGCCACCUGGGCUCGAUUCAGCCCUCUGAAGAUGGCGGCAGGUUUAACCAUCCUGGGCUUUGCCUGUGUGAUGUGUUUCAUAGUGUCUGAGCUCUCCUCGGCGCUGAGCGGGGAGAGCGGUGUCAGACUGAAGGCUCCGGUUGCCGUGGCCCUAACGGUGGGCGUGUCUGUGGCUGCUGCUCAGAUGCUCGUGCAGGGAUACGUGGAGGCGGUGUGGUGCCUGGCAGCUGGCGCCUUCAGUUCAGAACUUCUCUUCUUCUGGAGCGCACUUCAGAUAAAUAGCCCUGCUAUCUCAAAGAACGGGACCAAAGCCCCGAGGUGUGCCCGGUGGCUGACCCCACGUCACCUGCUCGUCCCUCCUCUGGUCGUCCCGCUGCUCCGCUGCGCCUCCCUGCUCUCAGAUAGCUAUGUGAUCGCAGAGGGCCGGGUCGUAACCUUCCUAGUGUUCUCUCUGGCCCUCUGUAUUCCCAUCUAUCUCAACUGGGACGGCCUGCUCCUGCCCCCCCUCCACGACCCUCUGAAGCCUGCAGGGCUCCUGCCUUUCCCGCCCUUGUCUCCAUCGACGGUGAGGAAAGAAAGCAGCACCCUCCUGGCCUGUUUGGGACUCCUCAUCGGCAGCCUGUACCUCUCCCUCUCCUUCCACGGCUGUCGGGAAGAGCAGGGCUUCUGCCAGCCGUCGCAGUUCCUCUCUCCGCUCUCCCGGCUGCAGAACAGCCAGCUGAAAAACUUUCACUACAUCCUGGCUGUGGUCUCUCUUGGCAUUUACACGUAUCUGCUGAGGCACUGCCUCUGCCACUAUGGUAAUCUCAACUCCUCAGGUGGGACUGUGUUCACAGCCCGCUGGAUACUGCCGCUGCUGUCCGUGUGCCUGGGGCUGCACUGGGCCGUUAGUGCCACUCCGGAGGACAGCUUCAGGAACCUGGCCGAGCUGAUCCGCGUGGCGCAGCUGGCCCUCCCCAGGGCAGCCUUCUGUCUGCUGGGGCUGGGGAUGUCUCUGAUCUGGCUGGACCCUCUGACCGUGUUUGUGAAGUCGAAGGCUGCAGCCUCCGCCAGAAGCUCAGCUCUGCCCCCGCCCCGCUACAGAGCCAGCACCGGCAUCAGCCCCCAAGCCGAGCUGCAGCACCUGAUCCCCCAGAUCUACCAGCGCAUGCGUCGCUCCCUGGACGACGGAGAGCUGAGCGGGGAGGUGGACAACAGGCCCACCGUAGAGGCCUACGGACUAGGAACGGUGUACUCGGCCCCCGUGCUCUUAUUCUGCGGCCUGCUGGGAGUGGGACUGCUGCUGCUGCACCCGGAGGGCAUGGCCGUGUCCUUCCUCUUACUGCUGCUGGAGAUGGCAGCUCUGCUACACAUCCAUGCCUCAUCCACAAACCUCAGCGGCCUGCAUGGAGCUUACACUGGUGGUUUCAACGUGCCCUGGACUCCAGUCGUGCUGUGGUCCCUCGCUGCCACCCAGUUCUUCCACGCCACCGGUCACCUGCCCACCUUUCCAUCUAUCCAGUGGGGGGCUGCCUUUGUGGGAUUCCCUGACGGCCACACGGGCACCUUAUUACCCGCCUCACUGGUUACCCUCAACACCUUUGCCUCACACAUCUUAUUUGCUGUGGCUUGUCCGCUGCUGCUGUUUUGGCCUUUGGUGCGUGAGGUGCGUGGGAGCAGAGGGGGGCCGGCCUGUGGUGAGGAAGGGGACGACGCCGUGAUGGAGAUGAGACUGAGAGAAAACCUACAUCAGUUCAGCUCUGCACUCCUGCAGCUUUCAACACGCUACCUCUUCGUUCACGGAGCACAGGUCUUUUCGUCAGUCUGUGCUGCUGCCAUCCUCAGGAGACACCUAAUGGUGUGGAAGGUUUUUGCACCCAAGUUGAUGUUCGAGGCCUCGGGCUUCCUGGUGAGCAGCGUGUCCCUGCUGAUCGGCGUCAUGUUGGUGCUGAGAGUCGACGUGGCGGUGGGCCACUGGUUUAAAAAACUCAUCCCAGAUGCAUCCAGGUAGCAGCGGUGCUGCUGCUUUUUCACCAGAGCUCACUGUGCCACCGGGAAAACUGACAGGGAUGUCACUGGGAAAGUUUUCCAGGGGAAACAAAAAAGAAAAGUAAAAAAAUUGCCAUCUGUGAUGAAGAACCCCAGAAACAAGUGACACGAGGUCAUCCUUACUGAAAACUGUUGUAUAUUACUGGCAGCAAGGGGGGCUGGUCGAACAUCCGGACUUACAUUUAACAUAGUUAGGGUUGAAGGAGCUUUUAAAAAAAAUUAAGGAAUAAAAAGGUGGAGCCUUUUGAAAGGCCUUUGCUGCAUGACUUACAUGUGAUCAAGUGAACAAGUUUUCUCUGAAUGUUUUAUUCUUUUUCUAGUACAUUGGAUGUCUCUGAAGCCAGUCAGUUUUGUAGGUGUUUCAUAGUGCAGAAUCCAAAUGCGUAAGUAUAUGCAGAGCCAGUGAAGAAGUAGGUGCUACCAAACUCUGAAUGGUACUUGGCAUCGAGUUUACACAUUCUUCUGACCUGCCGCAGCGAUGAACAACCUCAGUAUUGGAGUCAAUUCAGCCUUUAAGCUUUGGAUUUUAUUAUUUCACUUUCUAACUGAGGCUGCAGCUACGUUCACGCCCCACAAACUCGACCGGGGAAGAAUGUGGUAGGAAGCAGGUCUGAAAUCGAACUGUUUCCUCCACAGAGGAAGACAAACACCAUUUCCCACCAUUUCGAGCAGAAGAGUUGUGGCAUCUAAUUGCUGAAUGUGAAUCUGUUGCCUCUUUCUGCUUUGGGAUGACCGCGAAAGCUCAUCUGCUAGCUAUGAAGCUGCUUCACGAUCAAUUUGUAAGCUGGUUUUCUCUAUUUGGUGAAAUCCAUCCAAGUGCAUUACAGUCUGUCGUUUGUCUACCAGAAGAUGCUUCAACAUCUUUUUGUAAGUUUUCUAUGAUUCAGAACAUACUGCCAGUUCGUAUUUCGGGGUAGUUACAAAUGCUUUUCUUUUCUCUCUAACACUUUUGUAGAUUAAUCAGUUAAAGCCUCCUUUUUCUUUUUUUUCUGACAGGGUUUGAUUUCCAACUCAAAGUUUAAGUUUUUCUUAAAUCAGAAUCUGAUGAUUUGUUUGCUUUUUUUUAAUUUAAUUUAAUUUUUUUCCCCCCAUUUUAUCACCCAGUGCUCCUACCUACGUGACAGUCCUGGGCAUUGCUCCCUCUACCAACCCCGGGAGGGCCCUACACUACUGUUCUAACCCUUUUCCCUGUUUUUUAUGAUUGUUUUUGCGUGCAUUGUUAUGAAGAUGAUGGGGUACUUAAAUCCAGGAUCUCCAGAAACGUAUUCAGUCGAUCUAUUUCUGUGGUGCAUCUAAGUCGCUAUCUGUUGCGAGAUCUGUUACUGCACUGCGGCUGCAGUCAGCAGCUCCAGCUCAUUAGCUAAUGCACAAUAUUGAAGGGUGUUCAGCUCAGGUGGGAGUUCUUUAUGCUGCUGUUUGGGAGCGAUCAGUCAUCGAGGGCGGUGUUUGCCCGAGAGAUUCUUCGGGGGAAUGAUGGCACUUUUUUUUUCUGUUUUUAAAAUGUUUGAAGGGUUAAUUCAUGAUUUUACAUGCCAUGAAAAGCAUAAUAAAACUUUUUUACAUCGUG